AAAAAGAAAACACGAAAUAAAAUAUGUGACUUAGUGGCAAAACCUCAUUAUAUAUGUAAGGCAUAAAUGCAAACACAAGCACUAAAGCGUCUAACAAUACUUAGGAAUUGUUUUAACAAAUAAGCAGGUUAGAUAUAUUUUAAAAGAAGGUAAAACAAGGUAUUCAGCUUGCCAAGUCCAAGCGAGAGUCCAUUUUUGUGGGGAAUUUUUAAUUCUUUCUUUCUUUCAGCUUCUGGGAGUGGACAUUUAGGAUGAACAGGCCCAUAUGUGGACACGGAAAUACAGAGGAGGAGUGACCUGGUAUUUGCUUCUGAUCUGCCUACAUCAGCAAAGACUGAAUUAAUCUUUCUUCCUGUUCAGAAUACUGUGGGACAUUGUAGGUCCUCUAAGCGAACCAUUUAUCAUUUUUCUCCCAAGGGACUGCUUCCCAUGAAACGGGGAGAAGAAACUGUUCCUUUUCAGGACAAGAGCUUCAGAAGCCUUAGCCAAAAAUCUCUGCUUACUAAAACUAAGUUUGUAAGGUUGCUUUCCAAAUUCUAGCACCUAGUUAUUAUGCAUCAAGGAGAAUACCUGAACAUUUCAAGUGGAACAUGUGCUUCAAUACAUCAAACAACAGUCCACCCAAGAAUGAGGCACAAGUAAAUGAAACCAACGUGUGAAGACUCUUCUAAUAGUAAUGCUGAAGAUGGGCCACAUAAUCAAUAAAUAGGCAAACCCAGUUUACUCAAGUAAAUAUGUUUAAAUUAAGACAACAGGUUGGGUUUACAGCUCAAACAAGAAGGAACUAAUGCCGGAUCUAUUCUUAUGCUCUGCAGCUGCUCUUACAUGUAAAGAGACUGCACUGUCAUUCCAGAUACACCCAUCAUCUGCCACGGAGAGUGAAGGAGAGAAGAUGAAUACUAAAGAUUGUUUUACAAAUCAAACACACCCAGUGAUAGCAGGAAGAGCACAGAACCCAAAUGUCCUUAAAUGAAAGGGCACGGAUUACUGGCAAAGAAAGAAAACCAGAAAAAUAGGGGGAAAUGAACAGGAAGGAGCGACAAGGGAGUAAAGGUUCUCGGUAUUCAAAAAGAACAUUCUUAAGGAUGGAAAAUAUGCUACAGCUGCAAUCUACAGGUUGAUCAAAGGGUUUUAAGAUUAAGGUGCUUUUGCUAUAUAGUGAGAGGGGGAGGAAGUUCAUAACGGAAAUUGAUGGAGAUGUGACUACCAAAAGCAAGUGGUUUUGAUCCUGCUGCCCUUAUCUUUUGUUUGCACUCCAACGGGGUGUUGCACAGGCAAUGCUGGGAAACACAGCUCCCUCCCUGCCCGUGGAAAGGGGAGGGCCAUAGUACAGGAGCCACCAUGAGACCGUGCCUGAAAAAAGAAGCGAAGCAGCGAAUAUUCUGUCCUGUGAAGUCUUUUUACCACAUGUCCCAGUCCGUCUUUAGACGGGCAAGAAUGCUCUGACCUCCUGAACGCUUCAUCAGCAUUCAUCAUCUCUACUUUGGAAAGGACACAGGAAGAGGUUUUAUGAACUGCUCAGCGCAGGAAGAUCACUGGCAUCAACUUUGCCCUAAGAAUAAUAUCUGUCAGCAGAACAAAAAGAUGAAUUGCAGAAUCAGGACACCUAGAGAAACAGUAAAGAGAGCGAACUACCCUGCCAGGGUCAUCAUUAUUGGGUUAUACUUAUAGAGGCAAUUUUCGAAGAAUAGCCUGCAUCCAAGCAUUACAAAUUGUGGUCAGAAUAAUAUGCGAACAGAUCAUGAAGAACUCUGUGGCAGCAGUUAUGGCUCUUUCUGUCUGAAUGGUGGCAUCUGUUAUACAAUACCUACUGCUUCCAGUCCUUUUUGCAGGUGUGUUGACAACUAUACAGGAGCUCGUUGUGAAGCAAUUUUGCUCCCGAGCAUCAAGAACCACUCAAGAGGGGAACUGUUUGUAGCUGUGUUGGCUUCGGUGGUUGUUCUGAGUGUCCUGGUUGCUGGAGCAUUUUUUUUCCUUUGCAGGAAAGGCCAGAUUCCACGGACCAGUUCACUGGAGCGUGGAGAUCACCUGAUUGAGGGAAACAGCAGCAAUGCUUGCAAUAAAAUAACUGAAUAAAGGAAUCAAAAGAAGGAAUUAUGGACAAGCAGCAAGAGGAGCAGGAGUGGAAAAGCUGAAACCACAUUGGAGAAUAUGGAAUCUGUACCAGUGUUCCCGGAUGCUCUGAAAGAAGAAUGUGUUGCUAAUGAUUUACAGGACCAAAUAUAUAAGCAUAAAUAUGCCUUGCCUAUGUUCUUACAAUUCCCAGACAAAGAAUGUCAGAGGUAUGUGAAGAUGCUGAGAGGGACAUUAGAAUCAACUAUAUCCACAAUACUUAAAAUAGACAAAAUGGUUCUAAAGUACUUCCAAACAUUAGUAGUUAGUACUGAGAAGCUGUUGGGUUCCUCCCAUCCAUUUUUAUUGAAGGUAAAACCAGCUUUAUGUCUUAGUACCAUGCAAUGGACUUUACAUGACAGGAGCAAGCUUAGCAAACAAAAUAAGAGCAAUCUUAUGUAAAGGUUUCCACAACUUACCACUGUAACAUUUGGUGAGCCUUUUUAGGAUCGUGAUAUAGUUACUGUAUUCCUUUUUCUUUUGUUUGAAACAUUUCCAUUUGUAUAUAAAGUUUAUCCUUUUCUCUUCCAAUACAUAUCUGGGGUCUCUCAAAAUAAUCUGUGUUUAAAAUUCUUUCAUGUGUUAUCAGUGGGUUGUAAAGAUCAGACUAAUAAAAAAAAAAAAAACUUUCUGACCAAGCCAGAGUAGAGUAAUAGUUGGACAAGGACCGGGGAGACCCACCCAGGUUCAGGUCCACCUCAGUCCUGGGGGUGACUCUGGGCCAUUCUCUUGCAGCCCCGUCUACUUCACAAGGCUGUUGUUACAGAAAAGAGUUGGAAGUGCUAGAGUAUGCCACCAAGAGCUUCUGGAAGAAAGCUAAGAAAGAAAUCUGAUAAACUAAUAUAAACCCAUAUGUAGUUCUAUAAAGUUCCACAGACCAUUUGUUCUUUUUACUCAUGGAGUCAUGAACUGCUUUAUAGGGUUCUUCUUUAAAAUAUUAAAGUUAUUCUUUUGCACUCCCUCUCAUUUGGGAAAACUGUAAUCACAGAAUUGCAGAAUUGGAAAAACUACUGUUGGCUGGGUUCUGUAAAUGGGUUUAUUUCUAACACAGUUUGGGAGCAGAUGGGGGGCCUCUCACCUCCGCGUGACAAUCCCAGAACAGAACUUGCUUUUACAUUAGAGAUACGGGAGCUUUAGGAAGGGCUGAAAAAGUGGAUCUAUCCAGCUCCCGAGAUGCACAUUGCAUUUCUUUUAAAGUAUGUAUUUUGCUUCUAAAUCACUUUGUUGUUUCUCCCUAGAGAUUUUUAAAAUCUAUUUACAGAGAGGAGACUGUGCCUAAAAUUUAAAUGCAUCGUUUACUGCAUUCCCUGGAUUCACACAACACAUUAAGCCAAAAUGCUUUUUGCUUAUUUGGGCUAAAUCGUGUGAACCCAGCUGAAGUUAUUUUUUAAGAACUACAGCAACCCCAGCUAAUUGUAGUUUAUUCAAUAAACAUAGCUAAGCAAACCGUGGCUGCCAGUGUGCUGUAUGAAAAAAGCAUCUUCAUACCAUUAA